AUGUACAGCUUUCAAGAAGCCUCACGAUCCAAAAAGCUGCACAACGGUCGGCUGCCCUCGGCUGUUGAGCAAGAAGAGAACGGUGGUGUGCUAGGUGUACACUCCGGUUUCAAGGCAUCACUCCAACAUCAAAUGUCGCCUCCUUUCCAGUUGAGACGUUUUGUCCAAGAAAUCCCACUGGCAGGUUGUGUUAUUUACAUGCUGUACUUUGGCAAGCGACCCUUCAGCGUGCAUGAAAGCGCAGAGCACCUGGCCAUGAUGGAGAGGCUCACUGAAAGCUGCUUCCCACCCUGGAUGCUUCAGACGGCUCAAGAAUGUCAAGAUGACGAGGCCUCCUAUGAGCUUCUCAUCACGGAGGACAAGAAGCUGGUUUGGCCGGAAGGUCCUGCUGGUGCACGAGUGGAGGCGCUGCGGCCUCUUUCUGCUCAGGUUCUACCACGCCAUAAGACCUUCCUGAGCUUCCUCAAAGGUCUCUUUCAGCUGGAACCUUUGCAGCGGUUAAGGGCGACUCAAGCACAUCAGAUGGAAUUCCUCACCACGGAGGUGGCCAAUUCCGGAGAGGUGAACCCAGAGCCUGGUGGCGGAGAGCGAAAAAAGAGGUGCAAGAAUGACUGGACCACAACGUUCAACUUGGAGGACAAACCGCUGACGACCGCUGGCGUGGGCGGUGCCACCGCCCAAAAAGGAUGUGGCUGUCAUUGCGCCGAAUGGCGACUUCGAGUAUCACCGGUAUUAGAAAAGGGAUGA